UCGCCGUCGUCUUCGCGUAGCGGGCACUAUUCAAUGCCGGGCCCGCGGGCAUCGCCGACGCGUCUUCGCUAAACGCGUCCUACGUCGCCUCUUCUAUACCUUUAGCCGGCCUACACCAGCCCAAAGGCGCAGCCCCGAGUUUUGCAUUGAACUGCAGUAGACGCCCACGCAUUGUAUUGCCUACUCCGUUCCUGGGAAGCGUAGUCACCACCGUUCCACAUACCACGCAGCGCACGCGUACCCGAAGACAGCACCGCACUCACCGCUGCAGCACUUCAUUCGAUCCGGCCCCCACCCCGUGACCCGGAAAAGCCCGAAUCGAAAAGAAGCAACGUUUCUUUUCUUCGUGAAGCACGAUUAGACGCCGUGGAUUGCGUGGUAAAUAUCCAAGACUACGCGGGCUCAACCUCAAUGGGCGACGGUGCCAUAACAUCUGCAUAAGUGCUUACAAGUGUUCUUGGGGGUGGUCAGGAGUGCACGCCAGCCUUAGCAUCACCGAUCGGCCACGUUCAGUGAGAUCCUACUUCGAGCUCCCGGGGGAACAGUUCCUCACACAGCGGCAAAGAAAGAUCCUAAAAGAAGACGUUGUUCCACAGGUUUGACCUGCUAUGGGUGGACACAAACAGCCGGCAGGCACAUCACUGUUCAUCAAUUUUCUCAUUGCAAUCACAGCCUGCACUGGACAGAAGCUUCAAGCUAUAGAAAGCAAUGGAGUGUUCUUUUCAGGACUUCCGAGGCCACCCUCUGAAACGAACGCCAUAACGGCCAAAGGGGGUGGCGACAUUUUCGGAAACACACUUGGAAGAGGACUACAGGAAAAAUUCACCACAGCCAAUCCACCGAAGACUGGAUCCACACCAUUCGACUUCCGGUUCAAUUCAGCGAAGCCAGACAACCGUUUUGUUAUGAUUCCAGCGUCUGGUCCACGAACGCCCUCAAAUUUUGUCACAAGACCGACAUUCUUCACGGACAGUGCUCUCACGACACCAGCCCCUCGGUUGUUUGUACCCACAACUCCAGGACUCGUGCCACCACCGCCACCACCACCACCGCGACCGCCGCCAUUCCGGCCUCCGACGUUCGCACAGACGACAUCUCAGCAGACAACGCAGAGGCCGCCGACUUUCGGACCGGUGACGCAGCGACCAACGACUCAGAGGCCUGUGACUGAGGGGUUUGAAACUCAAAGGCCUACGACAGCAAACGCCCACUACUCAGAGGCCGACGACUGAAAGCAUAACGACGCCGAGGCCUACAACACAAAGGCUCACUACACAGAGGCCCACAUCACAAAGGCCAACGACUCAGAGAUCAACGACACAGAAAGCAACGACGUCGAGGCCCGGAACACUGAGGUUAACGACGCCAAGGCUGAUGACUCCGAGACCCUCGGUGCCGUUUCCGACGACGCCGAGGCCCACAACACAAAGGCCUACGACGCAGAGACCUGUAACGCGGAGUCCGACAGCGCCACCCAGACCUGCGCCAUCUUUGAAGCCUACAAAUCUGCAGGAGCUUCCACCCACGCCAAGGCUCGCUUUCCAACCUGGCACUGCACAAAAUGCCGUUUUCACAGGAAGGCAACCGACACCAAUUUUCCCCAUCAUCCCAUCUUCACCCGCACAACGUCCACCAAGUUCAGUUGCAACAACCAGAUCCACCUACUCCAUUUUUUUCUAUAGACACAACUCCACCUCCGCCGG